AUGGCGACCUCGGCGGGCACAAUGGGGCGCAGUACCGUCAAGGACGCUGCCGGCACGCCGUCCGACACAGACCCGUUUGGUCGGCGAGAAUAUUCCAGCACAGGCGAUGCCUGCCUCACGGGCUACCUCGCCAGCUGCCUCGUGGUCUGCCUCAAGGGCUGCCUCAAGGGCUGCCUCACCAGCUGCCUCAAGGGCUGCCUCACGGUCUGCCUCACGGCCUGCUUCGCGGUCUGCCUCACCAGCUGCCUCAUCAGAUGUCUAACGGUCUGCCUCACGGGCUACCUCAUGGUCUGCCUCACGGUCUGCCUCACGGUCUGCCUCACGGCCUGCCUCGCGGUCUGCCUCAUCAGCUGCCUCAUGGUCUGCCUCACCAGCUGCCUCAUCAGCUGCCUCAUGGUCUGCCUCACGGUCUGCCUCACCAGAUGCCUCGCGGUCUGCCUCACGGGCUGCCUCGCGGUCUGCCUCACCAGCUGCCUCACGGUCUGCCUCACGGGCUGCCUCGCGGUCUGCCUCACGGGCUGCCUCGCGGUCUGCCUCACCAGCUGCCUCACGGUCUGCCUCACGGGCUGCCUCGCGGUCUGCCUCACGGGCUGCCUCGCGGUCUGCCUCACCAGCUGCCUCACGGUCUGCCUCACGGGCUGCCUCGCGGUCUGCCUCACGGGCUGCCUCGCGGUCUGCCUCACAAGCUGCCUCACGGUCUGCCUCACGGGCUGCCUCGCGGUCUGCCUCACGGGCUGCCUCAUGGUCUGCCUCACCAGCUGCCUCAUCAGCUGCCUCAUGGUCUGCCUCACGGUCUGCCUCACCAGCUGCCUCGCGGUCUGCCUCACGGGCUGCCUCGCGGUCUGCCUCACCAGCUGCCUCACGGUCUGCCUCUCGGGCUGCCUCGCGGUCUGCCUCACGGGCUGCCUCACGGUCUGCCUCACGGGCUACCUCAUGGUCUGCCUCACGGUCUGCCUCACGGUCUGCCUCACGGCCUGCCUCGCGGUCUGCCUCAUCAGCUGCCUCAUGGUCUGCCUCACCAGCUGCCUCAUAAGCUGCCUCAUGGUCUGCCUCACGGUCUGCCUCACCAGCUGCCUCACGGUCUGCCUCACGGGCUGCCUCGCGGUCUGCCUCACGGGCUGCCUCACGGUCUGUCUCACGGCCUGCCUCACGGUCUGCCUCACGGUCUGCCUCACGGUCUGUCUCACGGGCUGCCUCACGGUCUGUCUCACGGCCUGCCUCACGGUCUGCCUCACGGCCUGCCUCACGGGCUUCGCACCCGGACUGCCGCGGGCCCCGAAGACUCGUCUGGCGACUGAACGCCAGGGACGGAGCUUGAUGGACAUGUCAGGCUUCCCCACUCGGUCAGCUCCUGGCGAGACCUCGCCAGGCCUGGCCCCAGCUGCAGUGCCUGGUCAGCCAGACAGCGAGGCGCCUUCGCGGCACUCGGGCCCCCAGGUACACACCGGCGAUGAUGAGGUCCCUGUCGGCCGGACGAGAGUAUGCUCGGGGCUGCUUCACUGA